AAGUCUCGGUAUUUAUUGUUGAAACGAGUCUAGUCAAAGUUCCCCCCAUUUUUGGUCAUGAUGCUUCUUCGCGUGGUGCUGCUGCUUUUGGUGGUCGCUAGAGUGGCGCAGGGCUCAGCGAUCCGAGCGUUGGACGGCCUGGGCAACGCUGUGGCAUGGUGGUCUGUGCUCAAGCUGCCGUCGCAUGUGCAAUCACCUGAUGGCACCGUGAUCCCGACGCCGUGCGACUGUCCCGUUCCAGACUGUAGCAACGUAGCCACGGCCGGAUGGCCAGCACUCGAAGCGAGAGCCACGGGGCUCUGCUAUCUCUACGCGGACUCGAGGACUCCCGAGUUCCGGCACUUCCGAGACGUGGGCUACGACUGCUUGGGUCAAGGUGGCAACGACCCCGUAAGCCAUACACUCAAGCAGAAAGAGAAUAGUUCAUACUGGGCGCUGUUUAACGACCAGCUCAACGGAAUCGCCGCAGCUUAUCACCCUAAAACCAGAAGUUUGGACGAUAGCAAGCGCGUAUGUGGAGGUGGUGAUCUGUUCAGUGCCCAUGCUAAAGGAGCCGUGGCAUUUCAGAGCGACGGCAGUGGCGGCUUCUUUUUACAGACAUCGACCCCCAAUUUCCCAGAUCCUACGCGCAACGACUCGUUCGUGAGACUUGGCUGUCAGGCUGAUAAUAAUGUGCACUUCGCUCAGCAUAUGCUGGCCAUGUCAUUGGGGGACAAUGCGUUGAGGCAACUUGGAGACAAAUUGCAACUCGCGAGAUUGUGUUCUGGCAACUUUUUUCUCAAUGAAUCGUUGCGUGAACUGCUGGGAAGUGCCAACUUGUUCGAAGAUGGCGCAAAACAGGAGAAUACAAGUGCCUCUGCGUUUUACCACGCGUUGUUGGACCAAUACCUACCAGUACAGAUGCCUUCAGACCCGAUGAAAGCCGAAUUUCGACUGAAGUUGUCGGGAUCUCAUGUGGAGAAGUCUAAAGUGUAUAAACCGCUGGCUGAGGGUCAAAAAUUGGCGAAUUUUAGCUUACUAGAAGAUGAAGAGGUGCGAGUGUUGGUCAAGAGUCCACGUGCUGCCGUGCCGCCAUGGACGCUUGUAGCUGAAAUGCUGGAUUCAGAUGUGAGUGUAGCUUCGUGGUGGGACGGCAGCUACGGCAUCCCCACUAUAUGCGCUGGUGACGUCUACACAAACUCCCCACACGAGUUUUGCCUGAAUAAUCCACUGACAGGCGUCGAGUUGAACGUGGAUGGAUCUGCUCCAUACAACAUCGAGAACCUCAUGCAAGCCACGUAUGUACAACAAUUGAACAUUCUGAUACAGUUAUAACUUAAUCUUGUUUUUGAUGCUUGCAGCUGGCACAUGAGCGAUGGCAGCACCAACUUGACUUGGCAACUGGUUGGAGGUCGCGUUCCAGACGGGAAUCACGCGAAGUGGGGGCUGACAACACCUCGCUUUGGUCAUGCGGAUAGCAACGCGUACGUGACCUUCGGCGACCUAAAUAUGGAGGGGUUCCCGUGCUCCAAGGCGUGCAAUGGCUCACAAGCAGGUCGAGGCGGAAGCUUCUUUUCUCUCAUGCAACCGCGCUUGCACAAAAGUCUAGCAGACUCGGUGAUCUCCGGUGCAUGUCGAUGUUCUCCUCCUACAAAACUCCAGAAGUUGGAGGUGGAGGAUUCUCCAUUUUCAACUUUCGAGGAACUUCGGAUGUGUCACCGUGGCUGUGUGAAAAAAAUUGAGGAGCGUCUGGAGCCAACUCAAUUGCCAACAUUGAGCGUGAACGCUUCGUCCUUUUGGUCAAAGUAAGAAAGAGUGUACUGGUACAUAUAACCAGAAAUUGUAGUAGUGAAAAACUUUAGCGGAUUUUGCACUUGUAAAUGUGUAUCAGAUGAAGAAAGUUGAGGAAUGUUGACUCAAUCUCCACACACCAUCACAACAAUGUAGAGGCAAGUACUACAAUUUCCUUUUGCUCAUGA